CUUAUUAUGAUCCUCAGCUGUGUGGAAUCAAGAGCUCGCCUGAUGAUAAGCAAGGGCUGGCCUUUUUGCUGUGUGUUUACCCAGUCUCAGAGAUGUGCGUAACACAAUAGGUCAUCGGCUAUGAAAUGUAACCAUAUAAGGGGAUACAGGUACAGUUCUGAAUCGCCAAUGAUUAGUAAAGCUGCUUUAUUUGUUUUCAAAACUGCAUAUGGCACCACUGUAUCUCAAUCGAAAUUUCAUUUGAAAUUGGUUGCUUGCAUCAUUUGAACAGGCAAGGUUUUAUCUGGUUUUCUAGGGCUUUAUCUAUUUCUUUAUCGAAAAACAUGCAGUAUUAAAGCGUACCUUUUUUACGACUUUUGUUAUUUAUGAAGUUACUCAUGCGCUAAGAAAUCUGCAGUCCAUUUUUACAAGUGAAUUGAGAAAAUGGCGUCAAUCGACACUGAUGGUGAAAUUCGAGAUUUAAUUACUUGCAGCAUUUGUUUAACCGAAUUCGAUCAAGACGAGCACAGUCCCAAAUUUUUGCCUUGUGGCCAUACCCUUUGCUCUUCGUGUCUCAAGGCGAUUCGUGAAAAUCGAGCGAUUCGAUGUCCAUUAUGUCGCAAAGUCCACACGGAUAUUCUUUUGGCGACUUUACCUAAUAACAAUUACGCCCUGCAGGUGGCGAAACUUGCCAGAGAGAAAAAACAACUCGAGUCGCUGUUACGACAGAACGAAACGAGUCAAAAUUCUUUGCUGUCCAGCACUGCUGACGACUUUUCGGCAUUGAAAACUCAACUGGGCCAAAUGCGGGAGCGUCGACAAACAAAUUUAAGUCGGGCCAUUGAAAUGAGGAAAGAAAUUUCAGCCUACCUGUUGCUAGUGCUGGAUUCGGUCAAGAACGCGGAGAAGGAAAUCGCCGGACAAGUGGAUGAGAACGAAAGAUUUCUGACAGAUUUAAUUUCACUUUACGAAGGAGGAAACACACUGGCGAAUGUGAGCGACGAAUCGACUGGAGAAGCUUCGAAUGUCACCGAUGACAUGUCAGAAUUGGAAUCGUUGAUGAGUAGCUGUCAGUUAAUGCGUUGCCCUGACGACACGGAAGAAACGAUCAAAGAGAAAAUGAGCCAAUCGGUUGAGAAAAGUCACGACAAAUUGAAACUAGCUACUUGUGAAGUGACUCAAUUGCGGAAGUGGAAGAAUGCGUCGUUCGUUUUAAAAGCGCAAGGUCCCGGCUCUGUUUCGUUAUUCAAUUCAACUAUCAAAAUUGAUUGGGCAACUACUCCAUUUUCAUCGAAAGAUUUGAAUCAUUUACUUUUGUCGCAUUUGAUUUGUUAUGUAAUUAAACCGGUCGCAGCGACUGAUAGUCCAAACGCUUCCAGCAGGUUUAAUCCAGCAUCACUUUUUUCUAUUUCUGCCGAAUCAAACAGACGUUCUAGUGACGCUGAUGAUUCUUACCUUAUUUCAAGACUUGCCGAAUUGUUCUCGGGUGUUGAAUCAACGGAAUCCAGUUCUGAAGAUGACGACUCUUCAAUUUCUUCAGGACUUUUUUACAGGAGAGAAUCGUCUAGCAGUUCAGAUGAAAGUACAUUAGGGAGAGUGUUCGGACUUUAUACUAGCGAAGAUAGACGAUGGAAUGAUUCAUCAAAUAGCGAUUAAAAAUGUGUCACUUAUUAAAAACUUGAUUAAGAACUAGACUUUUGAAUCAUUACACCAUUCCCUUUAAAAGUUUGAAAUUAUUACAUAACUUUUAAAAUUGUUAUUUGUUAAUUGCUAUUUGUUCCACGUUUACAUGUUUUUUUUCAUUUUUUUAUUUGGUUAAUGAAAUGAACUGCAGAUUAAAAAAAAAAACAAUCCACCGUUUCAUUUUGGGCAUUGGCUUUAUUUAUGUUUUGGUGGUUUAGCCUCGGGCCAAUUGUUGACGUUCUGUUUAGUGGCGAUGUGUCAAAUUCCAGACAAGUCUGCUUAAAAAUGGCAAUGGCUAAUGACGUUGAUGAAGAUUUUGUCACCUGUGGUGUUUGUUUGUGUGAAUAUGACGAAGAAAUUAGGAAGCCAAAAUUUCUAUCGUGUUCCCACACCGUUUGUUUUUUAUGCGUGCAGGAAAUUCGUCGUGGUGACACUAUUACAUGUCCCUUCUGCCGUAAAGUGAUUACCAAGGACAAUAGGAAAGAGGUUGAGUGGAUUCUACCCAACAACACCUAUGCGCUUCAAAUGCUCAAAUUAAACAAACAGAGAUCUGUGUCGUCAACUGUUGCUGUGAUGGAAAACAAGAACCCAGAUGCUCUUUGGAAGUUGAAAGACGAACUUAUUAAAAUGAGAGACUCUGGAUUCAACAAGUUAGCGUUGGCCAUUCAGAAACGUAAAGAAGUUCAAGAGCAAGUGGGCCUUGUUUUAAAAUCACUCUGUGCUGCAGAAGAAGAAGUGACAAAAUUUCAAGAUGAAAAUAAUCUUUGCCUGGUGGAAAUGAUUUCAAUCUUGGAAGCAAAUGCAGGAUCAUCUUCGACAAAAACUAACCCUCCAGAAAAAGACUUGAUCUUAUCAGAGUUGAUGUCUCUAGUGGAAGGCUCUACAUCCAACGAUACACCCGAGACCCUGAAGCAAAAGAUGUCAAAAUCAGUCGAGAUGUACGAACAAAAACUUGAAGAAGCGACUGCAAUUGCUGCGAGGACCAACUCUAAAACCAAAAUUCGAGUUCAUUUGACAGACGAAAACGGGAUUCCAAUUCCGACAGGCGGCGAGCAAGAAAUUGGAUUACAACCCAUCGCUCAGGCUUUGGAUGGACCUCAAAUUUUACAAGAUUCGAUUCUGCUCUCGCACACCGUUGUUGCGUCAUUGAAAAGGCAAUCAAAUUUAGGAAAAACACAGAAGCCUGCAGCCAGCGCUUCCGCCGCUACAGCCCUAUCUGUCCCACCACCUGCACCUUCAAAUAACGACAGAUUUUUCAUUGGAAAUCUUCCUUCCAAAUUCAUCCUCAGACUGUUUGAAAAUUUUGACUCUGUGACUGGUACGCGGGAGAACCGCGAUAGAAACAGUCUUGGGGUUCCUAAAGGCGAAGUUCACAUCCGUCCUGUGCCAACAUUUCAUCCGGAAUUCGUCAAACAACUGGGCAAUUUUUGUUACAAAUCUCCAAAGAAAUUUUUCAGUACCAUUGACAAGGCCAUGUCUGGAGUGUUUGUCCUGUUUUCCAUGAACCACUCCAAGUUCAAGCCUGCCGUUCCCAGCAUGAUCGGUCACGAUUCCGGUGAGAAUCGCAGCUACGACCAACUCUACGACUUUGCAGCAAUCGAUAUCAAUGACGUCGGAAUCGAUUUAGUCAAAACUUCGGCUGGUAAAGUGAUUGGUUGGAGUUUUGUCUUUAUCCUGGAAGAUAGCGAACAUUUUCAAAACCGCAAGAAUUUGCAUGGAUCGGUUUCAGACAGCGAGUUGUUUGGCCGGGUUAUUAACCACCAUUCACUGGAUUGUAUGAACCAGUUGAGUAGAGUCAGCAGGGCAGAACGAGAUCACUAUUUUCUCACUUUAGAAUCUCAAUAGUCCACAAUGCCUAUUAAUGUUUAUACGUGAGCUUUUGUAAUGUUUUCAUACGCACCUUUUAUGGGCCAGACAAAUGGGGUUUUAUUAAACGUUUCCUUUUUAA